AACUUUAAGAAAAAUUCUACCUUCUCACGGAAUAAGACUUCAUUACCCAGAAUCCUCGGCUAAAAACAGCCAAACACGGGUCGCACAUGGUUUAAAUAUGGCGGUCCCCACAAAAGAUAUAGUUGGUGUGUCGGAUGACUCCAGUAGUAGUGACGACGAAGAACUUAAAAGAUGUCAGGAGGCAGUUUGGGAAACAAAAACUUCAAAGACCAAAGAUGGGGAGAGCAAUGCGAAAGAGUCAAAGCGUGUUGUAGUCGCUGACCAUGAACAUGAUGGCAACAAUCUCCAGGUCACUCAAGGGUUUCAAACACAUGUUGCAAAGAAGUUGGGACAUUUACUUGACAGUUGCGUUUCAGAGAUUCAGUCUGAAACCUCAUCACAUCUAAAAGCAACAAACUGUGAAGAUGAUGAUGAUGAUGAUGAUAAAGGAUUUCGUCUGUUUUCUACAUCCAUCCCAGGGCAAAAAACUGAUGAGCCUCCAGCUCCUGUGAGACGGCAACCUAUUCCCAGUUCAAGUGACAGCGACAGUGAGAUGGAAAUGAGGUUGAAGGAGGCAGCGGUGUCUAUCAAAGAUCUGUUACCCUCAUCAACACUUCCCUCUACACUCUCGCCUUCCUCUACAGAGUAUACCAGCUUGGAAAAAAUAAAGAAAAGGAAGAUAAAGUUAGAGGGAGAAGAAGGUCAUGUUGUCAAAAAAAAGAAAAAGAGGAAACAGAAUAAAGAGGAGAGCAAGCAGGUGGACUCUGCAGGUCCUUCUCCUAAUCAAAGCAACGGUGAGAACGGGAACUCAGAGCAGGAACACACAGAUGUUAAAGUACAAAGGAAAAAGAAAAAGAAGCGAAAAGGAAAUGCUGAGGAGAACGUUUAAACCCAAACUGUCAUGUCGGAUGUUCCUUUCUGCUACAGUGUCUCAAAAUGAUUGGAUGGUGUGAUUAUUAUCCAGAAUGUUUGGAGGUUAAAGAAGAAAAUGACGUCACUCAUUCAAAUGUUUUACUUACAUUGUUUGUGUUGAGACUUGAAAUAGAGUUGAAUUUUUCAUGAAA